AUGGAUGAAGGCACCAGCGGCGAUGUGGUCGCGAGAGAAGGCCAAGAUGUUAGCUUAUCCUGUAGAGCAGCUGGAAGGCCAUUGCCACGCAUACUCUGGCGAAGAGAAGAUGGUACCAACAUACAACUGAGGAAUGAAGUCGGAGAACUAAAGAAAGUUCCACCAUCAAUAGUAGUGGCGACUAAGGUGAUAGGUGUCCCCACUGGUUCACACACUAGACUGGAAUGUUUCAUUGAGGCAUACCCUCAAGCUGUCAACUAUUGGUUGAAAGGGGGCGAGGAAAUGAUUUUCACAGGCAUCCUUGCACGCGUACGUCUUUCUACCGUGAAAGAUUACGGUUCUGCCGUUAAAAGUAGUCACGGUCGUCAGUUCUGUAAAGAUAACAAUGUAAGCUGUGUCAUGUACAAGGACCCAUGUUUUAUGAGCCGCGCCGUAAAAACCAUGCCAAAGCCGUACUAUCCAGAAUCGCUUUAA